AUGCUGCCGCAUGGCCGCCUCCUCCCCCUGUUCCCGGAAGCAAUGCGGGUCUCGCCCUUCUCACCCGGCCUCCCCCCGCCCCUUCUCGUCGUUUUGACGCGAUUCCGCAGUGAGCUGAGUGUCAUGGCGCUGGAGAGCACCCGGGAAAUGAUGGAGGAUGGGGAGCUCAGCGGCUCUGACACAGACAUGAAGAUGGCGGCGCCGGGAGAGAAAGCUCCGCAGCAGAAACCUGGUUUAACCAAUGUAUAUGGAAGCUACAGGAGCAACGCUGCGCAUCCGUCCAGUGUACCCUACCGCAAUGUCAAAGGUUUGGACUCCAGCGAAGAGAGCUUAACUGAUUCUGAUGAGGAUGAAGGUACUCCAUGGAAACAUAAGCGUCAGAAGGCUUCCCACCCUCCUUGUGAGAUAGCAGUGCCAAUGCCGGCUUCCGUUUCCAGCCAAAAUGGCCAGACAAGAGGUGCAAAGAAUAACAUCUGGGGGGCAAUACUUCAGGAGCAGACCCAAGAAGCUGUGGCAACAGAGCUUGGGAUCAUGGACAUGGAUGGUCAGAUAGACAUGAGCAGGCAGUCAGAGACUUACAACUUUAUCCUGGCCAGAAAAAUGAUGAAGAAAGCAAAUAAUGAGGAGAAGUCUAAACUAGACAAAGAAUUGGAUGAGUAUAUGCACAAUGAUAAAGAGCGUGUGUCAAAAGAAGAGAAUGGGCAUUUGAAGAGGAAGAGACCUAUAAAAGAGAGGCUUGGUGAAAGGUUAGCUAUGGACUACAAAGGUCGAUAUGAAAUAACUGAGGCUGAUUCUGAAGAUAAAGUUUCCGAUGAAAUUGCAUACAGGCUUCAUGAACCCAAGAAAGAUCUAAUACAGCGAGUUGUAAAAACGAUUGGCACCAAGAAGGCUAUAGAGAUCCUUGUUGAAACUGCUGAGGUUGAGCAAAAUGGCGGACUUUUCAUUAUGAACGGAAGCAGGAGGAGAACUCCAGGUGGUGUUUAUUUAAAUCUUUUGAAAAAUACACCAAGUAUUACGUCUGAUCAAGUGAAGGAAAUAUUUUUUAUGGAAAAUCAGAAGGAAUACGAGAGUAAAAAGGCAGCAAAAAAGAGAAGACUUCACAUAGUUGGGAAGAAGAUGAAACAAGCCAUCAAAGGUCUUAACUUUCAAGAACAUGAUGACACUUCGAGAGAGACCUUUGCAAGUGACACAAAUGAAGCUUUAGCUUCCUUAGAUGAUGAAAAUGCUGAAAUAAAAGCUGACAUAGAAGAUGCCUUUGAAAUUGACCAUUCCAAUGAUCUUGAAACAUUUUAACCAGUAUGAUGAUAGGACUUUCGGAAGUUGUGGUUGUAUGUAAGCAUUGAAUUAUUUUUUUGCACUUAAAAGUGUCAGAAUACCCCAGAAAACAAGUAGGCUAAAAAGAAAUGACAUUGCUUAUUAAUUGCACAAUUUGAGGGUGUCGGUCUUUAUUUUGUAUGUUUAUGUUGUUUUGUCUCUUUGCCUUAUUUCUUUUCAUUACUAAAUAACUAACUUGUGAUAAUCAUUUACAGUGCAGUCUUCAGUUUACUUCCAAGUAACCAUAAAAUAGCUAGUGUCAGCUUUUGCUGCCAUCAGCCCAAUGGCUUUAUAGUUUGUUUUGUACACUUUCUACUGUUUGUUCUUGACUAAAUUUUUUGUUAUUGUUUUUCUUCUUACGGAUUUUGCAUUUUCUUCCAAUUUUUUUCUAAUGUUUAAUUUUUUGUGUUUUUUUGCAUAAACAUAAAAUGAACACUUAAGAAUGUAUGUAAAGUGACUCAAAAACAAGUUUAGUUAAACUGACAUCCAUUAGUGGUCUACUCAGUUAUGCCUUUUUCCUUUCAUCCAGCUUUGAAUGCAACAACGAAAUAUGUGCUUUCAUGUUAGAGGUUUCCCAUUUUUCCUGUGUGACCACAUUGCAAAUUAUCUUUUGGAAAGCAGCAUGCAGUAUAUUUCACCUGUGAAAGUAGAUAUUUCCCUGAUGAUAAAAGUAGAGGAAAACGUUUGUAAUUUCAUGUCUCUUAUACAUGAAACAAAAUUAAUAGGUGUAAAUAGUAUCCGCAUAGUUGCUAUGUUUUUUUUUUUUUUUUUAUGUUUUACAGUCUCAUGAUUGUUCAUUCUACUGUAAACUACUUUCUACACCAUAUUAUAUUUUGUUUCAAUAAAAUAUAAAAAAUCUGCAUAUUGAA